AUGGCAUCAGAACCCAUUGAACUGGCUGCCCUAGGGAGACCUCUGUUUCCUGGUAUGCUGUAUGACUGCCGCAAGGAUUCCUUCAUUCCAGAUGUUACUCUGUGGGAUGAGAAAUCACUGAGUGAAGAUUUGGACAGUCGUCCGCAGCCCAUGACAGAUGUGAAGUUCAGUAGCUCUGACUCUCUCUCAAGUAAGUUCAGUCUUCUAGAUGUAAGCGCUUCACUGAAGGCCAGCUUUUUGGGGGGGCUGGUGGAGGUGGGAGGAUCUGCGAAGUUCCUGUGUAACACCAAAUCCUCCAACCAACAGUCCAGAGUAACAAUGCAUUACAGUGAAACCUCAAGAUUCGAUCAACUCACUAUGACUCAGCUGGGCCAGAUCACCUACCCUCAGGUGUUUGAGAAGAAAACUGCAACUCAUGUGGUCACAGCUGUGCUGUACGGAGCUCAAGCCUUCAUGGUGUUUGAACGCUCAUUUGCAGAAGAUGAAAACAAGCAGGACAUUGAGGGAAAACUGAAUGUCAUGGUCAAGAAGAUCCCUGGAUUUUCCAUUGAGGGAGAAGGAGCUGUAAAAAUGACAGAUGAAGAUAAUAAAAAGGCUGAGAAUAUCACCUGCACAUUUCACGGUGACUUCCAUCUUGAGCAGAACCCCACCACGUACCUGGAGGCACUAGAGGUGUACAAGAACCUCCCCAAACAGCUGAAGGCCAAUCCACAGAAUGCAGUGCCAAUAAAAGUCUGGCUCUAUCCUCUAUCUUUACUGGAUACAAACGCAGCUCGGUUGGAGAGAGAAAUCAGCACAUGUUUGAUUUCCAGCACUGAAGAUAUGAUGGAGGACCUGGCGGAGGUAGAGAGGACAUGCAAUGACCUGUCCAGAAGAACAGAGGUAAAUGUUUUCAGUGACAUCAAAGAAAGGCUGCGCUCAUUUCAGGAUUCAUUUAACAUUUACAGGAUGGUGCUACAGAAAGCACUGGCUGGGGUCUUGCCUGCCAUUCGAGGAGGAGGUACGGAGGAACAAUCCCUGGAAGACAUCCUGAAGAUACACAGCAGCUCCCCUUUUAAUGCUGACUUACUUAACCAAUGGUUAGAUGAUGCAAAGUCUGAACUUUACUUAUUGAAUAAUCACACCAAGACGCUGAAUGAGAUCAACACUGAAGAUUCAGACAGGCUCAACGGCAUCCUUCUUGAUCCAGAUAUUGAUGUAGUAUUGUGCUUGACCUUCACAUCUCUAAAAUAUAAAGACCCAUAUCUUUCAACCCUGACAGAGUUUCUAAAAUCUGACAAGUUUAAAGAGAUAGAUGGAAACAAAACCCUGCUUUCUGUGGCAUCAGAUAUAAAGUGGUUCAAACAUCCUGAUGUCGUUGCAAAGAUGAGAGAGAACUUCCGUCUCUUAAAGAAAUUUUCAGAGGCCAAUAAAAAUGAGAAGAGUAUCCGAUUCAUUAUUUCUGCCAUCACCAAUCCCUCCAUUCCAGGCUCCUCCAUCUAUUUGUAUGAAAAUGGGAAACUGACAGACACACAGUUCCAGCCCGUGUCCAAACCGCUCCUACCAAUAGUAAACAACGUCCUGGAACAUACUGUGUCCCUGAAACUGCAGAAGUCCCCAACUGGAGAAACAGUGAAGUACAGAGUGGAGUACCAGCAGGUGAAAGCAGAUUCUGGAGCUGAGGAACGGUGGCUUGUCAUAGACACAGCUGAUGAAGACUUCAAGCUGACUGGAUUGGAGCCUGGAAAGCAGUACCUGAUCCGCUACAGGAUAGUGGGUAAAGUGGGAGUCAGUGAAGCCAGUGAUACUGUCAGCCCAGAGACACUCUCUUCAAGUGUGACGACUGUUGUGGUUAUUCCCAUUGCUCUGACUGUCAUAAUUCCUGUGGGCUCCCUUCGGCAUCCGCUGUCCCUGGGUUUCUAUGGACUCCUUAGUGGAUUUCCCAGCCCCUCGCUUGGAUUAGCGAGCUGCCCUGUUGGCUUCAUCUCCACUGCCGCUGUCGCGGCUUGUUCCAGCUGCUGCUAUCCACCCAUCUGCGUGAACAGUCUGACCAGCGAUGGAUUCAGCGGGAUUGGAUCCGUUCGUUCUGCUCUCGUGCAACAGGGAGUUUUGCUGGGUCAGCAUGCCACUCAGCUCAACACCAUAGCGCAAGAGGUGGAUGCUCUCAAUGCCCGAGUCGCUGAGCUCCUCACGCGGGUCAAUGAUCUCCAGCGGGAGGUGUCUCGACGUUACGCCACAGAAGAGGCUAAGGUUGCUUACAUCCUCACUCUUCUCUUGGGUCGCGCCCGCGAAUGGGGAAUUGCCGGAGGUUCGCACACUGGCCACACCUUUCUGGAUUGGCAGGCUGAGGGGAAUUUCCUGGAUUCUGCCUCGGCUCACAAGUGGAACAUCCCGACCAUUCCCCUGGCCAAGCCCAUUACUGCGUGGUCAUUAGCGGGCAAUCCCCUCACCACCAUCACUCACGUCACACCAUGUGUGGAUCCCUCUGACUUGACCAGCAUCCCGGCGGAGUACUGCGAUCUUCGUGCGGGAGCUCAGGUCUUCACCAAAUUAGAUCUCCGCAAUGCCUACCAUCUGUUCGCCAAGGUGGAGAAGUGCGAAUUCCAUAUCAAGUUCCUUGGCCAUAUCAUCUCUACCAGGGGAAUUAAACCAAACCCUGCUAAGAUAGAGGCUGUCGCCAGGUGGUCAGUCCCCGACUCCCAUAAGGCUCUGCAGCGUUUCCUGGGUUUUUCCAAAUUCUAUCGGCAAUACAUCAGGAAUUUUGGUCAGAUCGCUGCUCUGCUCAGAGCAUUAACCUCCACCAAGGUGUCCUUCAGGUGGAACCAGGAUGCUCAGAUUCCCGUGGGCUCCCUUCGGCAUCCGCUGUCCCUGGGUUUCUAUGGACUUCUUAGUGGAUUGCUCAGCCUCUCGCUCAGAUUAGCGAGCUGCCCUGUUGGCUUCAUCUUCACUGCCGCUGUCAUGGCUUGUUCCAGCCGCUGCUAUCCACCCUUCUGUGUGGUAGGAGAUUCCAUGUCCACAUGA